GUCGGCUGCUACGUCGGGUACUCGGCGGUCCGCCUGGGCGCCACUGUGCGGCGGUGGGGCGGGCGCGUGGUCCUCACAGGGCGGUGGCUGAACGAUCGUGCAGCCAGGAGCAUGGUGGCGUGGGCAGGGCUCUCGGACACAGUGGACGUCUGGGUGGGGCACAGCGAGCAGCUAGCGGAGAGAUUAUCGGACAGCCUACCAGGCGUCGGGUCGCGGGUUGGGAUGGCGUUCUUCGACCAGCGGGGUUCCCGGUUCCACGAGGACCUGGCUAGGUUGGAGCGCUUGCAGUUGCUGGAGCCCGGCGCGUUGGUGGUUGACAACGUGCUCAAGCCUGGUGCGCCGGUGUUUCUCUGGGAGCUGCUGUGCUGCCCUGGCCCUUUCGAGACGCGCGUGGUGGCCCUGCAGGACUUCGGAAGCGCCGGCGUGGCCGACUGGAUCUCCGUCUCCCGCUUCACCCCUGGGCCAGCAGAGCCUUCGGACUGGCGGUUGCCGCAGCCACGCAGGGUGCGUGACCUGGCAAGGGUGGCAGACGCCGCGCGCUGGCGCAGCGUCGACGGGCACGUCUCGCCCCGCGGCUGGAACGAGCUCUCGCGGCAGCUGGAGCUGGACCUGGCGGCGGCCGGGGUCCGGCCGGCCAUCGUGGACGUGGCGGGGCUGCGCGCCUGGCUGAGCUCCCCGCGGCGGCAGGAGCCCACUGGCGCGAGGCGCGCACGGCGCGCGCGGCGCCAGGAGCUCGGCGAGCAGGGCACCGGCCUCGUGCGCGCGCUGGCCUGCAGGCCUGGGCCGCGCGGCCUCGCGGGCGCGCUGGCCUGCAGGCCACCGCGCGGCGUGCCGUGGCCGGCGCACGCGGCGGUGAGGUUGCGCUUGGCUGCGUGCCUGGCAAAGCUGCUGGCUUGGCGGCCCGGGCACGCGCUGCCGAAGGACUGGCCCCCGCGGCGUGCCCUGCAGCUCGUGCUCGCGGGCCUCUGCGCGGCGCUCGGGCCACGGCACUGGCAGGCGUUGUGGGUCGCGGCCGCCCGCCUCGGCGGCGGCGGCGCGUGGAAGGGCGGCAAGGGGAAGGGCAAGGGCAAGGACAAGGCACCCAUCGACGAGGGCCUUCCCGACGAGAUCGAGGAGGUCGGGGAAGCGAUGCGCCCGUGCGAGGACGAAUUGGUCUGUAAGUGUACCAACAAUAUGGUUCCGCAUUUCAACGCCCGGAACUUCUUCGAGAACAAAGAACAGAUCGGAAAGGUUGACGAAAUCUUCUGA